CCAGCUUUAGCUUGUGGUUUCAUUACGUCCGGCCAGACUGUACACUGCUGUGUGUGCUAGUCGCUUGUGUAAUCUACGCUGGUACUUUAGGAAAAACAGGUGUGCUAAAUUUCCACGCACCACUUCUGGGCGGAGGGGCAGACGUCUGCGGUGUUUGGAGGAAAGGAUUAAGGAUGAAGACCUCUUGGAUGUUCUGUGGAGCUCUGGCAGUCUUUUGGGGAGCUAUUCUUGGAGCAGCUUUCUAUGGGCUAGAGGAAGAUGAAGAGACGGUUCUGGUUGAUAACAAGUGUCAGUGUAUAAAGGUGACAUCAAAAUUUGUCCCUUCUAAAGACAAUCCUCAAGAAGAAGUUUUGGAGAGAAAUGUUUACAUCAUGGUUCCUCUCACAGCCAGGGAGAACAUCUCUGACCCGACCUCGCCACUGAGAACCAGAUUUGUCUACAACCUCUCCAAGCUUUGUGGGAAUUGUGACUCGAAGAACGCCAACCAGGAGCGCGAUCUACAGCAAGAUAGGGUUGGGCAGAGCAGCCUAUGCAAUGACCCUGAUCAGCCUUGCUACACCUACGACAGGAACAAAUGCUACACUGCGACAUGCCUGUUCUCCAACGGUGGAACAGUUAAGCCCAUUGAGACAGCCUUGACUCCUGAAUCCUGCUACCCUGAUUAGAGAGGAGUGAAACCACACUGUGGGGCCCUUCGGGGCAGAUCUACACCAUGCAAACCUACAUUGGCAAAGCCCAAAUAAUAAUUCUGUUUUGGUGAGGAUGCUGAGAAUCCACUGUUAGAGAUCCUGAGGAAUCCUCACAAAACUACGUCUCUCUCAGGUGAUUUUAAGUCUGUGGUGUAGAUAUGCCCAUUUAAAAUUUAAAAACGUUUAAAAAAAAUAAAAAAAAAUCUCUAUCUGCAUCACCAGAAUGCUAUUCUGUUAUUUCUUCCACUUUAUUGAAUUGUUACUUUGACCUUAUCAUCUGCAUUAUCUAUUGCUCUUCCUUAACACAUGUGAUGAAUAAAAAAUAUCUUUCAUGA